CAACCACUCUGCCGUCAUUUGAAGAGGUCGUCACUGUCCCGACAACUCCACCACCUGAGCCUACCUAUCCGCUUCCAGUUGAAUCACUUCAAGAUGUUCGGUACACGAGCACGGCCAAUCAUUAUUGGACAUUCCGAGAAACGGUUGAUCAACCAUGGAUCAAGGAUGAAGCACCACACCAGAAUCCUCUCAGCCGAGCAGUGUAUGAGAGAUUCCACAACUUUGACAGUAAGCUCACUAAGGAAGGACCAAUUCGGGACGAUAUAGACAAUAAGGAGGAGUCUAUUUUCUUCCCAUUGGAUGGUCCGACCGGGACGCCGAAAGGAAUCAUGCUCCAGGAUGCACUCACGCCUGGACCAGAUAGGAGUAUCAUUUUGACUCCGAAUACCGCGGAGUCUCAAUGCGUUAAGCUUGUUGAGAACCUGCAACGUGAGCGUUACUACCUGAAGCAAUGUCUACUUUCCGCUGAAGCUUGUGACUAUGGACUGAGUUUGGCACUCUGGCUCCAAUUUCUUAAAACGGAUGCGACAUCCAAAGAGAUCAUCCUGGCAACCGGACCUGAAACGGCGCGUGGCUUUCAACUGUAUUUAAGCGCUGGUGAACUACACUUUACUCUGUGGACGCAACGGGUAAAGUGGUCCAUAAAAGCCCCCUUCCAGAAGACACCCUCCGAAUGGGUCAACGUUGGUGUUUCUUGGGGAAAAAGCACACAAAUGCUUCAGCUUCUUAUCAACCGGAAAAUUGUGGCUCAAAAAGCGAACUACCUCGGAGAAGAAUACUUUGGUACCAACGAGGAUGCGACAUCAUUAUGGCUUGGAUGCACCGUGGAUGGGAGUGGCGUACAGCAGCAUGAAAGUUCAACGCUUGGUGUGAAAAUUUCAACAGUCACACUCUGGUACUGGCCGUUACAAAAGUCCCAACUUUUCACCGGUGGACUGGAAAUGUACCUUUUGGAACUCCCCACCGAGCCGACCACAACCGUGACCCCAGCACCAUCCGCAGAUUUCUAUGACUACACUUAUGAGGUGGAAGAACUUGUCCCACUCGCGGGCCGAAGCUAUCCACCAAACCCGAUGUACCUCGUCUCUGACCUAUAUGUUCCAAUGCAAGGUGACCUAAAUCAAACAGAAUCCCAGGGUAUUGCAUGGGAACUGGCUUCGGAGAGAGACCUCUACCAGUACCGGAUUGCGGAUAAAAAUGGAUACGCGAAACUACAUAAAUUUGAGCAAAAAAGCUGUCCUGCCGAAUUGGAUCUUUGUACCAAUGGUCUGUCAUUUGGCGUGUGGAUGAUUAUACCAACAACCUUGGACGUCGAGCAGAUAGCAUUGGACAUUCUCGAACUAGUCGAUGGCUUACGUUUGACCGUUUUCAAGCAGACAUUGAAUCUCUUUGCUGUUUUCAAUCGGACGACCAGUGCAUUUCGCAUCGUGGAAGUAGUUCCUCGGGAUGUGUGGUUCAACUUGGGAGUUUCCAUAGCAAUUCAGAAUGCAAAUAUGAACGUCAGGGCUUAUUUCAAUGGAUUGGAAGUACACGUGUUGCCAGUUGCUGCGCCACCAAAUCGCCAGCAGUUUAGGUCCGGAGAAUUCAACCAGACGCUCUUGAUCGGAAGUUACGCCGUGGACAACUCAGCUGUUGAUGUCGCCCUAAAUGACUUGAUUUUCUGGUAUCGUUCACUGGCAGAUUUUGAGAGUCAUCGGUUUGUGGGCUACGAGCGAGUUCAGCUGGAUCAACUGCAGGGUUCAUCUUACUACUGGACUCCCGACCUGUACAUCGUCAGGGAUAGUGCAUCACAACUCAGGGUUCGACGCAGAUACAGCUACUUCACAAGCGUUGAGUCCAUUUCGGACACUGGGGUUCAAGGCUACGCCCUGGCCUCGCUAUACAAGCCACGUGGAGUCAAUUUUCGUUUUUCCACCACAGAUUACAUGGGAAAGUCAGCUGUGCCUAUCUUCGAUAUGCAAGCAGGCCAGUACAUGUUGCUGGGUCGUUCUAAAUCACCUCAGCACACAACGUCAGAUCUUCUCUGGUUAGGGCAGUGCCUGCUCGACCCAAGUGAGGGUACCUGUGGUCUCCGGGGAUUUGCAAUCUCUUUCUGGAUAAAACUGAUCUCAGUCAGUGAGAAGCGUUUGCGUUUCUACUUGAAUUCUGGAGAUCCUGGAACUGGUGGCUUGACCUUGAUUGAUCAUCGUGGUGUGGCCAUAUUCAGUGACAAGACGCUGUUUGGUGUAUCACUUUCACAGCGGUUCACGUCGUGGAGAUUGCUGCUUGAUUCAACUAGUUAUACUUUGGGUCAGUGGACCAACGUUGGCAUUUUGUGGCGUGAAGACGUUGGACUGACACUGCUACUUGAUGGCGUAAACUACGGAACAACGGAUGUCAAAGGAAGCAAGAUAUAUAGAGCACGCGUGGCCUCUCCUUAUGUCGUUCUCGGUCGCUUUAAUGUGGAUGAUAAAACAGCCUGGGUGUCCCCACGUGAUGCGGAUACCAUAAGGGAACAGUCUGGAGACCGACUAAAUCCGAGCUGGGAGAUGGCCAAUUUCGUUCUGGGAGAAGUGACAUACUUCAACAAAUUGAUGACCCAGGAAGAAUACAACACUCAAAUAGGUCUACUGGGAGUGGCAAGGUUUCGCAAAUUUUUGGGUGACCUCUGGUUUGGAAAAAAUCUGAUUGAUGCUCCAAUCAGUCAGUUGCAUGCAGCCACUCAAGCCAAAAUAGAGAAGCCUGGUCCGGUCCGGUCUACCAAUCCCUUCUCAGCCGUUAAUUUCUUGCAACAGCCUGAUGCUGUUGAACUGAUAAAUGGGACGAGCAUACGACUGGGUGUUUUCGACUCAACACAUUGUACCAGACAAGAAAAUUUCUGUCCUGAAGGCCUCAGUAUUGGCGCAUGGGUGCGAUUCAGUGGUCUUUCGGCAAAUAACAAAGCAGAUCUCAUAGUUUUAUUCACCGGUUCUGGUGGCAAGUUUGGAAUGGCUGUGAGCACAACGGGGGAGGAAUUAGGCGUAUGGAUGAGUGACGAACUGGGUGAUGAUGACCCAACCAAGAGCUGGGUUUGUACAACCAGGGCAGUUAACCUGGGGAAGGUCACAGUGAACAUGCAAUGGAUUCACUACGCAUUGGUAUGGGGUCCGGCACCAGGUAUGAGUGAAUUUCUUCUCCGUUUGAUUGUGAACGGAAAAGAGUAUGCGGUCUGUUCACAUGGUGAGAAUAUCGAUGGUACGGCAGACUGGUACAAAGAAGCAAAAGGAAAAGCAAAGACAUUGUACAAGGAAACCAAAACUAACGAAAGUGCUUAUAUGCUUAUCUCUUCUGCUGUUUCGGAUAGUCGAGUUGCCAUUGCCCUUGUCGCUCUGAAGCCAACAACCGUCGUCGGGUCCGCACUGAUGGACUUGAUUGGAGUGGAGUAUCCGCAGUUUCUGUCAAUGCAGAUAUCUACAUUUUACUGGCCAUUCAGUGGAUUCAUGAAGCACUUAUCACCAAAUCGCCUUACUCCAGUCCGUGUACAGUACGCUCAAGAUAAGCAAGACACGGUAAUGGGUGCUAUGUGCACAGACGGCACAGAUCAGUCUUUUGUGGCUAUGAGAGGUGACCAAGUGGAUCGCUUCGGAAGGAACAACUUGGAGACGGCUUGCUUGAUCAACCCGACAGCCUGUGACUCCUAUGUGUUCAUAAUUGACUAUUACCACCUGAACGUGUCAUUCGGACUAAAUGCUUCACGGGAACUGUUCCGCACGGCUCCGCUGGAAGCACCAGAGAACACAGUAGGUUUGAAGAUCACUGUUUCAGAGGACGGUCAACAAUUGUUGGUUACCGCUAGGAGUGAAUUUUACACGUUGAUCAACAGUGUGUCAGUGAAUAACCUGACGCAAACCAGUAAGUGGAUCGAAUUAGAAGUGUUCUACACAGCAACAGCUAUCAAAAUACGCAAUGCAGGAAUACUUUUGGCUUCAAACAAAGAUUCAGUCAAAAAGAUCGAGGCAAAUCGACCUCUGACCUCAGAUGAGCGGUUAAACUUGCGUUUAACUGUCGGCCGGGGACUGCCCGUUUGCGUGUCCGACGUUUUAACUCUGGAUGUUCCGAAUGGUGAAGACGCUGAGGCGUUGAUCAACGGAGGUAGUACAACUUACUGUUAUCCGGAUGUAGACUAUUUGGUGGAGCUCAAAGGCACGGUGUCUGAUCACCUCGGACUCCCAAAGGCAGCGGCGAGUAUCCAAAGGUUGGUAGAACCACUAGUCAUUGAGCAAGCCAACUGUCUAUAUGAACCGGCUGCUUGUUCAUCGGUCACCAUUUCCCUGUGGGCGCGUAUUGAUGGAGUUUUAGACGUGGAAACAGGAGCGGUUGUUGCUGAACAUUCGGAAAAACUGGUUGUUGUGCUCUUCUCGACCGGACCACCGAAAAAACGCGGAAUACUUGUCACGCUACAUGGGCGUCAUGAUGGAGUUGACACCAAACUGGAUCUCCGUGCAUCGGUGCAUACUGGAUCCGAGUUGUGGCAAGUGGAGUGUCCUGGGGCCAUCACACUGGGACAGUGGACCAACAUCGCACUCCAGUGGUAUGCAUCCGGAGAAACCAAAUCAGGUGGCCUGGAAACGUAUUUGAAUGGGCUACGCCAACAGUCAUCUACGAAGCCUCGUGGCAUGGUCCAAAAUCCAGUGACCGACCCCGCAUCGGCAAGACUAUACUUUAGCAAUGCGUAUGUAAACUUACCCGAUGCUGAGGCAAACCUGAAAAGGUAUACACUGAACGGAUCGGUAAAUCAUUUUGCUUACUGGACCUCCACAUCGAUCAGCUGUUCUCGACCGCGAACCACAAAACAAAAGAUAAUGGGAGAAUGUUCAACUGAUCCAGCGGUAUCAGAAUCCGUAGUAUGCACGGUGCUGCGCGACUGUAUGCAAGCGGACGGAGCAGUAUGCAUGGACCCGACACUCACCAACCUCGGCCGAAUGGCUGUUCAAGCUGAAUGGCUCACAGAUCCUGCUGAUUUUCAACGUCUUGUUACAGUGGCCCUAGAUGUGAGAGAUAACGCCGUUGCUAUGGCCGCCGACAACGACACGAUCCCGUGGGUUAAUGAGUUCGUCUAUUACGUCAAUCUGAUUUUACGGGCGUGGCCUUCGGCGCUGCAACGAGCUUGUGACACACGCCCGUCGAAAAACUGUAAUACAUUGAAACAGAUGGGUAAUCAAAUUAUUGAAAAAUUGAUCCUGAUUAUCGCGGCCGUUACAGAUCCUAGUUUUGAGGAAGCUUGGGUGGAUAUCUUGUCGGAAGGCAUAGCCUAUCCUUCGACAUUGAUAAAAGCUACCAGUGAUGUGCUCCGUUCGGUUAGCAAGGAAUAUGUGGCCCUCGACGAAUGUGAGAAGGAACAAAAAAUCGUCACGAAAAGUGGUAGUGCCACGAUUGUUGCCAUCAACACGGACUCAUCGUGCCCCAGUAGAACGCUAGCUUUGACCGCACAGAGUCUGUUGCCUGAAAGUGGUCUCGGUAGUGCGACCUUCGAAAUUUCAAGUGAACUACUUAAAAAUGGUUCACAAAGAAAUGGCUUGGUCAGUCUAAUUGGCAUUAGAGCACCCAGUAAAGACGCAAAAUUGGUGGCCGGUGGUUUGCGACGAGACAGGUUCGCGCAUCAUGCAUUCCAAGGUUCUUCUGAUGGUCCACUUGGGGAUGAACCUAUGAGUGCAUUGCGGCAAAAAGCCACUGAACUUCAAAUUCAAAGUCCGGUUUAUGUGUUCAACACAAAUAUACAAAGUGAGGUAUUAUCCUGGGAGACGGCUAACAACAGCUUCAUACUGAAAUUCACCGUUCGCUUGGCUAGUCAGAAUGAAUUCCAAGAUGUGUACUUCUAUCGAGCGACAGGUCGCAGAAAAUGGAAAGCAAUGGAAACGGUAAAACAAAAUGAGCUAGGCCAGGGCGAAAAUGCCAGACUCGCCUUCCCAGUUCGUUGUGUUUUUUGGGAUUCACGAAACAACAACAGCGAUGGAGCAUUGUGGAACGACUUGGGCUGUGUGCCGAUUGGUGCGAAUCUCACACACGUGCAAUGUGCAUGCACUCAUUACAGCGCGUUCGCAGUCGCGAUGGAGCCGUCAGAUGCCCCAGGAAGGCAAAGGUCGAUCUGGAUCACAUGGGGCAUAUCGGACGAAAAACAACACGAUCAAGUGUUGAAGAUUCUGCUACUCGCUUUUAAUGCCCUAUCACUUGCUUGUUCGAUCGCAUUCUUGGUUACGGUUAUAGCAUACAUGGUCCGGUCGACAUUUCAAGAUGUCUACGUCAUUCACAUUGCGAUGUGCAUAGCCUUGAUCGCUUUUCAUUCCGCGUGGAUGGCAGAACCACUCGUUGAAUCGUCCAGAAUCGGUUGCCUGGCUGUCAGUGUGACGGUUCACGCAUCGGCUUUGUUAACUGCAAGCUGGACACUAUGCGAGACCAUUGCCCUAUUCCGUUGUUUUGUGCUCGGAGAUUUCUCGUGCAAGAGGUUAUGGAUGUGGUUUCUUGGAUUAGUGACACCGGCCAUCAUUGUUAUACUUCCUGCGUCAUUGUCGAGAAUGGAAAAUCAUGGGGACGAUGUAGCUUGUUUCCCGGGAAGAGAAUCCUACGUAUUCUGGACUAUGUUUGGCACGAUUUUUGCCUACCUAUUCAUUUCGAUUGUCGUUUGUCUCGUCAUCGGCUGCAACAUUGAGACACCUGCAUAUCUGAAGCCCAAGCUGAUUGAAAAACUGAUACAACGUGCAAGCCAGCUCAACUUUCUGACUUUGUUCAGUGCAGCUUCAUGGGUGGCGGUGGUCGUAGCUCUGCUACUCCCCAUACCUUAUCUGCCCUAUGCUGCUUUCGUAGGAAUCUCGUUACUGGGCACCCUUCAUUUCCUGUUUCUCGACCUCGGAGAUGUAGAUUUGCGCAAAUUCUACGCCGGUAAAUAUUCAGAAUACUCCGGGGCCAAGAAUGGCAAGAUCAACGAAAAAGUUGACCUCAAAAUUCCUGGUGUAGUUCAACAUGACUUUCCGGAGCAUUACUCGACAUAUGACCAAGAGGGAUUCAAUUCAUCCAGACAAUCAACCGACUUGGAAGCAGGAGCGGAUAUUAGUGCAUACAAACGACAAUUAGAUUUCAAAACAGACUACUGA